AUGAAUAAAAUAAUAUUAACUUAAGUGAACAAGGAUAAAAUACAUUCUACUCAUAAACUUAGUUUUGAACAGAGAGAUAUAAAGAGUGAAAAUAUACUGUUAACUAAAGAGAAAUAAAUAAGGUUUAUUGAUUUAAGAACUGUAAGAGAUAUGAAUGAUCCAACUUUUGAAGGAAGUGGAAACGGAAGAAAAAGUAAUCAGAAUAUAUAAUUAUCGGAUAAUAUAAUUUUAAAAAUUUGUGGGAACUCCAUAAUUUAUGGCUCUUGA